AUUAAGAGGCCAGUUUUGCGUCUCAAGUAUAAAAACUUAAUUUUCGUCAUGGUUAUGCACUAUAAUCGGUUUAUUCUUAUUUUAUUAAAAUGGUUUAAUAAUAGUUCGAUUUUAUUUGAGUACUUACCUUAUUUUAAGUUGGAUUUUUUGUAAACUGAUUGCCUGCUUCAGUUUAUUCCAGUAGCACAGAAUACUGAAAUAGGCUUUCAGAUAACUAUAUCAACGCACACCAACAUGCUACUAAAAAUGACCUUACAUGUUGCUAAGAUUGCCUUCAUUGAAAAAAAAAAUCAAAGGGUAUUGAGCUAUAUUAAUUUGGGUACAUCAGAAAUAAUUGUCGAUCCUACACCUGAAAAGAAAUGGCUUUUAAAAAAAGCAGAAAAAUUAGAAUUAAAAAUCAAACCAUUUGAUGAUGUAAGCGCUUGUGAUAUCUUGUCCUGAACUAUUUCAACUGGAACUACUUAAUUUAAAUCAUCAGACGGUUGGACCAAAAGUCUUAAAGAUAUACCAAUUUUUACAAUAAAAAAUAUUCUAAAAUGCACUGAAGAAAUUAACUUCAAAAUAAUUUCAAAAGCAAAAAUUUUGAAAAAAAAUUUUCAAAGGGGGGAACAGCUUGUUAAAGAAAAAUUUAUUGAUUUAAGUUCUGUAUAUACUAAGCAGUGCGAUGAUUUAUUUGGUGUAAAAGGUAUUUGUGCUGGCAGCCUAAAAAAAUAGAUAGAUGGUCUAUAAAAAUUUUAAACAAGUUAACUGCAGAUAUUAUAUUUAGUUUCUGUCAAUGUCCAGCUGGAAUGUUAGGUACAUGCUCCCAUUCCUAUGCACUCAUUUUAGCAAAAGGUUUUAAUGAAUAUAAUAAAAAGCUGUUAGCAAAAUGGGCAGUAGAGGGAAUCGAUAAGGUACCAGAAGAAAAAGCUUGCACAUCUUUACCAUGUGUCUGGUCUGUACCACAAAGUAGAGGAAGAAUAUAAACAAACAAUAAAUGAUCUGCAAAUUAAAUCUCCACCAAGCAAAAAACUGAAGCAAGUUAAAAAUAAUACAUCUACUGAAAAUAAAGGGAUUGUAUCUACUUUGCAUUAUGCAUGUGAAUUACCAAUAGAAGAAAAUAAGGAAAAAAUUUCUAACUUAAUAAACAAAAUCUCAAUUAUUAACCCUAAUUUACAUUUUCUUGGAAUAGUUAAUCAGAAUUACCAAAAUAACAUUGAAACUAAAUUUGGCAUGAUGCCAGAAGGAUCUGUACUUGCCAUUCAUGCACCAAUAAUACAACCAAACUUUAAAGUAUAUUCAAACCUAAAAGAGAUCACAAAUAUAUGUCUAUAUUUAAUAGUUAUAAAUAUCCAAGUUACCCCAUUUAACAACACUGAUUGUAAUCUUGACGGGUAUAUACAAAAAAUCACAGAUUUAAAGGCAUUAAAACUAAUUGAAUUACUAAAAAUUAGUAGUGAUGACAUUAAUCAAAUUGAAAGAUUGACACGUGAUCAAGCUCGUUGUUCACUUUGGUUUGACAAAAGUAAUAACCGCUUUACAGUAUCUUUGUGCAAUAAAAUAAAAAAUGGAAAGAGUGAAAAGGGGCUUAAAACACUAGCAUACAAUAUUGUAUUUCAAAAAGAUAAAAAUAUUAAAAACAAUAUUGUUCGAAAGAGAAUGAAUCAUGGUAAGUUUUACGAACCAAUAGCAAUUUCCAAUUAUGAAAAAUAUCUCUUGUCUGAGAAUCAUGUUGUGACUAUUGAACCAUGUGGACUAGUAAUUGACAAAAUUAAUUUUAUUCUUGGAGCAACUCCAGAUCGAAAAGUUCAAGUUGAUGGGCUUUUCGGAAUCAUAGAAGUAAAAUGUAGUGAAGAAUAUAAAAAUAUUGACCCCAAAGACAUUUUAUAACAAAAAUGCAUGUAUUAAAUACAAUGAAUUAACUGAAUUGAUAACAAUAAAUAAGGACCAUAGUUAUUAUGACCAAAUACAAAUGCAGCUAGCUUUAACAACUCAAACAUGAUGUGACUUUAUAUUUUAUACCAACAAAGGAAUGGUUAUCGAUUGUGUGCAAUUCAAUAAAGAAAAAUGGGACAAGCUAGAAACAAAAAUUCGUGAUUUUUAUUUCAUUCACCUUCUAAAAAAUCUUGUGGCUAUCAUGUUUGGUGAUAAAAAAAGGAAAACGUACAAGUAAAGUGAUACCCUAUGGUGAUGCAAUAGUUGAUAGGUUAAGGUUAACGGAUAUCCCUGUUAAAAUUGGAUAUCCCUGACGAUAUUAAUCUUGAAUCUUUGAGAAAUCAACUUUAUGAAGAAGCAUCUAACAAUUAUUGGGAAGAAAAAAUUGGUACCUAAUGAAUAAACGGAUGAGGUUUUAAACAUAAAAAUGAAACUUAUAAUUGUAAAAAAUAGUUAUGGAAUUAUAGAUUAAAUCUGUUAUCAAAAAGAUCAAAAGAAACAGAAAGAGAACUUACUGUAAAUUCAGAUACCUUUUAUGGGAAAUUAAAAAAAUAAUGAAAUAUACUUUUUAA